AUGAUGAGAAACCACACAGUAACAACUUUUGUCCUGCUGGGACUGACUGACAACCCACACCUGAAGACUGCGAUUUUCAUCUUUCUAUUUCUCACCUACAUGCUGAGUGUGACUGGGAAUCUGACAAUCAUCUCCCUAACCUUCAUAGAUUCUCACCUUAAAACUGCGAUGUACUUUUUUCUACAAAAUUUUUCCUUCUUGGAAAUCUCAUUUACAUCUGCUUGUAUUCCCAAAUAUUUGUACAACUUAUCAGCAGGUGACAAGACAAUCACGUAUGACAGUUGUGUCAUUCAAAUAUUUUUUACAGACCUCUUUGGUGCUACAGAAUUUUUUCUUCUUGCCACCAUGUCCUAUGACCGAUAUGUAGCCAUCUGCAAACCCCUGCAUUAUGUGACCAUCAUGAACAGUAGAGUCUGUAGAAGACUCAUCCUUUGGUGCUGGACAGCUGGUUUGUUGAUCAUGAUCCCACCACUUAGCCUGGGCCUAAAUCUGGAAUUCUGUGACUCUAAUGUUAUUGAUCAUUUUGUCUGUGACGUAUUCCCCCUCCUAAAGAUCGCAUGCUCAGAAACAUGGCUCAUCGAGCAGGUGAUCAUAGUGUGUGCUGUGUUGACCUUUAUCGUGACCCUGGUAUGUAUAAUUCUAUCCUAUAUGUGCAUCAUCAAGACCAUUUUACAAUUCCCUUCUGCCCAGCAAAGAAAAAAGGCAUUUUCUACCUGUUCUUCCCACAUGAUUGUCAUUUCCAUUACCUAUGGGAGCUGUAUUUUCAUCUAUGUUAAACCUUCAUCAAAGGAAUCAGUGGCUAUUAACAAGGGUGUGGCAGUUCUCACGGCUUCCAUCGCUCCUAUGCUGAACCCCUUCAUUUACACCUUGAGAAACAAGCAAGUAAAACAAGCUGUCAGUGACUUCAUCAAAAGAAUUACAUUGUUCUUUAAAAAAUAA